UAUGCUUUUAAAGAAUCUUACUGCUAAUAAAACAAAAUCUCUGGACAUCUUCCUUUUCCAAAUAUCACCCUAACAAGUAGCAGAUUUUAGUUAAAGUAUUUAGUGUAGACAACUACAGCUAUAAAGUGCUAACAGUCUUGUGGCUCCUUUGCAGCGUUCUGGUUGUGCAAAGAAGAAAGUUGUUGUUGCCCGAGACACAUCACAUGUUCUAAGCAGAAGAGCCUAUGAUGUACAGAAUGCCUCUUCUCCUUCAAACGGCAGCCACUCUGACAUGCAGGGCGGAUCAUUUAUUGCAACCAGUGGAUCAAGUAAUCAGGGUGGUUGCAUUUGUCCUGAUGGAAGCAGUGGUCAUAGACCGGGAGCCCCAGGUUCUUCAUACAGCACAUAUUCUGGUAACCAGGGAGGGCCUUACUACUACCCUGGAGGAUCCUAUGGACAGGGUGGCCCAAGUUCUUCCCAUGGUUCUUACUCUGGUAACCAGGGAGAGCCUUCCUACUAUUCUGGUGGAUCUUAUGGAGAGGGAGCCCCAGGUUCUUCAUACAGCACAUAUUCUGGUAACCAGGGAGGGCCUUACUACUACCCUGGAGGAUCCUAUGGACAGGGUGGCCCAAGUUCUUCCCAUGGUUCUUACUCUGGUAACCAGGGAGGGCAUUCCUACUAUGGACCUGGUGGAUCUUACGGACAGGGAGGGACUUCUUCUUAUGAUGGCAGCAGUGAAUCCUAUGGUCAGGGUGGAUCUUCUGUAUAUAGUGGUUCUGAGGCUUACGGCCAGGAUUCACCUGCCAUGGGAGCCAGUGAAACUGAAGAUAGUGAUUCCUCCUCAGCAUCUGGUGGCCGCCAGAGUGAACGGGAUUUUUAUUCCCCAGGAGGCAGCCAGUCAGGUGGACAUGGGUCAUCUUCUCAAAGUGGCAGCUACUCCAGUGGACAGGACUCAUACUCAUCUGGAAGCAGCCAGUAUGGUGGGCAGGGUUCAUCCUCCUCAGGAGGCAGCCAGUCUGGUGGACAGGGUGGAUGUGAUUGUUCUGGGACAAAUUCUGGUGGAUCCCCUACUUUAGUCAGAAGUGAUUCCUCUGCAAAUGGCACAUCUUCUUUUGGAGGCAGCCACUACAACAGCCAGGAUUCAUAUUCCUCUGGAGCUAACCAGUAUGGAGGACAUGAGUCAUCUUCUUAUGGAGGCAGCCAGUAUGGUGGACAAGGUUCACGUUCCCCAGGAGGCAGCCAAUAUGGUGGACAGGGUUCACCUUCUUCAGGAGGCAGCCAGUAUGGAGGACAGGGUCCAUCUUUCUCAGGUGGCAGACCUUAUGGAGGACAGGGUAUAGCUUCUUCAGGAAGCAGCCAGUAUAGUGGACAGGGCUUUUCUUCAGGGGUCAGGCAGUCUGGUGGACAGGGUGGGUGUGUGUGCCCCGGUGGAGGUUCAGGCUCUUUCUCAGGAACCAACUACCAUGGUGGACAGGGUUCAUAUCCUGGAAGUAAUCAGUAUGGUGGACAGGGAUCUUAUCCCUCACGAGGCAGCCAGUAUGGUGGGCAGGGCUCAUAUCCUUCUGGAGGCAAACAACAUGGUAAACCAGGUUCCUCUUCCUCAGGAGGCAGUCAACAAGGAAAGCCAGGUGGCUCUGGCUCAGGAAGCACUUACUCUGGGAAACCGCAAUCACCCUACUCAGGCGGCAGUCAAGUGAGCUCUGCUGGGAAACACUCAACUCCCCAACUCCUGAUGUUAUUCAGUGUUUUGAGUGCCUUUGCUCUCUCUGCUGCUGUAUCAAAAUGGUCUAUAUGAACUUCUGUGGUGUUACUUGACAUCCUAAACACUGAUUAUAAUCUGUAUUAUUAAUUACUUAAUGUAUAAAAAAAUGCCAUUAAGUCAAAUUGGCAGAUGCUACUUGGCUGUUAUGUUGCAUGUCUAGCUGGUAUGUCAUGUCCCUCAUUAGUUUACCUCUGGUUUUAGUCAUUAGUAGUUCUCAUUAGUUGUGUCAGUGUUUUAGGCAUCAUUUUAAGAGAGCAUAUGGUACCCUACCUAUAAGAUAUGUUUUUAUUUCCAAUAGGGAAUGCAAUGAACACCUACAUGAAAUGAUUGGUGUAACAAAUGAAUACUUAGGGAAAUAUUUGGUUAUUAGCCAAAGUGGACAAGGUGAAAUAAAUUGUUGUAUAUGCAAACUGAGCACUGUGCCUGGUAAUCAUGGCAUCAGGUAAGGCUAAUGUAUACUUCUUAAGCAGUUCUCCAUGGGACAGAAGAAAAGAUACUGAAGUAGUAUCAGAGUAUUGGUUUUAGUAUUUUGUAAUCAAAUGUAAAUUCCAAAGCAAAAAAAAAACAAAAAAACUUCACAGGACUGAAUUUUUUUGGGUUAAUAAAGUUUAUUCAUUAGAAAAAUGAAACAGAUC